AAAUACCCCAUGAGGCAAUUUAUGAAGCGACUCGCCGCACGGCGAAAAUCGACCCGUGUAAAUACCCCAUUAUACGGUUUGCUCGCUCGUGAAUGGUGUAAUACUUUAUGGUUUACUUAUACUUUAUUUAUGGUUUACUCGCGAGCCAAACACGCCUGACGCCAUUUUGAUUUUAGUUUGCGUUUAGCCGUUGGACGAGAAGCACGUGACCCAUUGUUAAUACGAUUUAUAUUAACAUUUCGCAAUGUUUUCUAACCGUGACUUUGUUAUUAAAUUUAUUUAUAAGUUUAGAGACCUGACGUGUUUGUGGGAUGUGACAGACAUAAAUUACCGCAACAAACAAAAACGCGAUGAAGCAUUAGAGGUUUUGCUAAGUUUUUGUAAAACCAAAUUGCCUAACGCCACUAUUGACACAGUAAAAAAGAAACUUCAGGCACUAAGAGCCUCAUUCAGGAAAGAGUUUAAUAAAGUUAAAGCAUCAAUGCAAUCAGGAGCUGGUACAGAUGACAUCCAUGUUCCAAAAUUAUGGUACUAUGACCAAUUAAUAUUUCUCAAACACACGGAAACACCCCAAGCGGCUUCAUCUAAUCAUUCGAUAUUGGUCGACCCGUUUGAAGAUACAGAAGAGAUUCAUUUCGAGAGUGACCUGAAUGAAAAUUCAUUUGAUGCUAGUAUGAAUUUAGAUCCAUUGUCACCACGGCCGUGUUCUAGUCUGUCUUCAUCCAGUACAUCAGCAUCAUACAAGAGAAGAAAAAAUCAGGCUGAUGCUGUGCUAACUAAAAUAGCAAAAAAACUCUCCGAGCCGAGACAACCCUCAAUACAGCCACAAAAAUAUGAAAGCUUUGGACAACAUGUGGCUGAAAAAAUGAGAAGCUUGCCGCCAAAUGUCGCAAUACAUUGCGAAAAAAUUAUAAAUGAUGCUUUAUAUUAUGGCGCCCUUCGAAAUCUGAAUGUUACGUCCAGAAUUGUCACUGGAAUUGAACCUGGACCUCAGUUAAGUUCACAACAUGAUAGUUUAGCUGAUUUCACUGAAAAAUUGGAACUUGAUUUUUCUAAUAAAUAAUAUUCAUAAAUACA